AUGGAUUUCCUCAAAUCCGCCAUCGGGUCCGCUAUCGCGAAGGGUGGUGGACUUCCAUUCUCCCUUGGUGAUAGAGUCGACAUUGGCGACUCAGUCUGGGCUUUACACAACGGUACAAAACGGGAUGAUGGUUCUGCUUGUAGUGUUUUUGCAUUCGAUAUCCAUGCAAACAAGUCGCGCCUUCCUCUCGCAAAAAAUGCAGUCCGCAAGUCAAGGACGUUACGGCAUCCCGGUGUAAUCAAGGUCCUGGAUACCAUUGAGACGGAACACAAUUUGUAUAUUGUCACAGAGCGGCUCGUGCCUCUCAGUUGGCCGGUGAAGAGGAGGAGUUUGAGCGAGGAGACUGCCAAGUGGGGUCUACACAAUGUCGCGUCUACAUUAAAGUUCAUUAACGACGAUGCUUCCUCCGUUCAUGGUGCCGUGCGUGCAUCUUCGGUAUUUACAAGUGAAAGUGGCGAAUGGAAGCUCGGCGGAUUCGACAUCCUUAGCUCCAUGAAGGAAGACGAUGCAAUCAUCUAUACCUAUGGCAGCAUUGUGCCCGAUGCCGCUCGAUACACCCCACCCGAGGUUGUCAAAGGUGGCUGGGAUACUAUCAAACGCAACCCUUUGGCAGCUGUUGAUGCAUAUGGCCUGGGAAUCUUAAUCUUCGAGGUGUUCAACGGCAACUUCUCAGGUGGCGAUCAAGUUGGCAAGACAACGAACAUUCCGCCGUGCAUGCAACAAAGCUAUAAGCGUCUUUGUACUGCAAACCCCAAGCUUAGAUUGAGCCCAGGGCAUUUUGUUGAACAGGGAAAGAAGCACGGUGGUUUCUUUCAGACGCCACUCAUUCGGAUGACUGAAGACAUAGACAGUUUGGGGCUCAAAAGCGAUACUGAACGUGAAGAAUUCAUAAAUGAACUUGACAACCUUUCAGAAGAUUUUCCAGAGGAAUUUUUCAAGAUGAAAGUUCUCCCAGAGCUACUCAAGUCCGUCGAGUUCGGUGGCGGCGGUCCGAAAGUUCUUAGUGCAACCUUGAAGAUCGGUGCAAAGUUGUCAGCAGAGGAGUUCAACUCUAAACUGACCCCUGUAAUCGUGCGUCUAUUUGGUAACCCUGAUCGAGCACUACGGGUCUGCCUUUUGGACAAUCUUCCGUUGAUGAUCGAGAACCUCACCCAGAAGGUUGUCAAUGACAAAAUCUUCCCUCAAAUGACAUCUGGUUUUACCGAUGUGGCGCCGAUCGUACGAGAGCAGACAGUGAAGGCUGUACUGACAAUCAUAAACAAACUUAGUGACAGGAUUGUGAAUGGAGAACUCUUGAAGUUCUUAGCUCGUACUGCGAACGAUGAGCAACCGGGAAUUCGGACGAACACGACUAUCUGUCUUGGUCGAAUUGCUAAGAACUUAAGCCAGAGUACUCGCUCCAAGGUACUCAUCGCGGCAUUCACCAGAGCCAUCAGAGAUCCGUUCAGUCACGCUCGAGUUGCAGGACUCCUAGCUCUAUCCGCAACAAUUGAUGUGUUUACGGAGGAUGACUGUGCUAGCAAGAUCCUGCCCGCCAUCUGUCCUUCGCUCUUGGACAAGGAGAAAUUGAUCCGUGACCAAGCAAACAAGACAUUUGAUGUGUACGUCCAGCGGAUACGAAAAUACGCUGGCACUAUGGCAGACACCGUGAUACCUGCUUCUGCACCGACAGAAGCUCACAAAGUCGAACCCCGUGUCGGGACUCCCAGCGACAAUUCCUGGGCCGGAUGGGCCAUCUCAUCUUUCACCAAUAAAAUUGCGACUGCCGACGGCGAGAUUGAACCCACAGCCAGUAGUGUCAAGCCCGCAGAUCCCGAGACUGCGCGCUCUGCUUCGGUUCCUCGCCCGGCGAAGUCAUCCCCUUCGCUCGAACUACACAAGCAAGCUCUCCGCCCUACAGCCCAAACUUUGAACCGGUCAAUGUCAGACCGACCUCCCCCGGUGGUCCACGAUUAUGAACCCGAAGAAGAAGAAGAAGAAGAAGAAGAAGAAGAAGAAGAAGGGGACGAUGUCUUUGAUGCCUGGGGUGCUAUGGAUGACGACGCAAAUGACGUCGAUCCGUUUAGUGCUGCAGUAGCCUCCCCCAAACCUAUAUCGCCUGCUCCUUCAUCAAGCAAACCCCCCGCAAUCCCAUACGAUGAUGGGGGUGAACCCGAUUUCGCCGGCUGGCUAGCCGCCAAAUCCCAAACCAAGGCCAAGAACCCGUUGCCAAAGGGUCUGACCAAGGCUGCGUCUACCAACUCUGUUGCUACUCGCUCAACGGCGAGCACCGUUAGGCCCCGAACAGUAGUCGUUUCAAAGAAGAUCGACAUUAAACCUAAACAAGAGGAGGCUGAUGAUGACUGGGGUGAUGCGUGGGAUUGA